AUGGAGGAUGGGGAUGGAGAUGAGCUGCCCCUGAAACUGCCCAGGGAUUCUGAUGAAGAAGACGAGCUGCCUUUGAUCUUGACACGGGAUUCCGUCCUCGACUAUGACCAACCAUCAGAGUGCGAAGACCAGCUACCACUGAAGCUGCCUAGGGAGUCUGAUGAUGAAGACGAGCUGCCUUUCAUCUUGAAAAGGGAUUCUGUCCUGGAAGACGAUCAGCUACCGCUGACACUGCCCAGGGAAUCUCACAAUGCUGCACUGGAGCGUUUCUUGGGCAGCGAUCAAGAGACGCUGAACUCUGUACUGACGAACAUCCUGGAGAGGUUCAGCGAGCUGGACGCGGAUGGUUCAGGCACCAUAACAAUGAAUGAGCUUGCGGCCCAUUGGCUCUCUGCGGCGACAGAGGUCUGCAAGCGGCCGCUGAGUGACUCAGAGAAAGAGCUGAUAGGUGCUAGCGUUCAGCGAGCUUUCGAUGUCAUGGAUCUGGAGCGGGACGGCAAGAUCAACAAGCAUGAGUGGCUGCACACCGCUCUGCUGGACAUGCACCCCCCAGGGUCUGUAGCCACGGAAAUCAUCACGAAGAAAUUGCGGGAGUCAGAAAUCCCGGACAUUGUAGCCAAACUUGUCCACACCUGGCUAUCUUCAGAUGAGAUGGUUUGCGGCAUGGUUACGCGGAAGAUGCUCUCCACCAACCUAUGUUUUGAUCCCGAUGUUGAUACUGACUUGCUUGAUGUGCUGAACGCGAUGGGAAGCGACAGCAUCACGUAUGCGGAGUUUGUGGCAAAUGCGCUGCGCCUGACAUUUCGGCCAGUCGAGCUCUACUAUUAUGAUCUCUCCAAGAGUUUCGCUUCGGUUCUUUCACCGGUCCUGCUCGGCCAAUAUGAAGAGGGCAUCUGGCACACAAGUGUCGGUGUCUUUGAUCAGGAGUUGUACUUCUUCGGCUACAUUCUGACCUGCUACCCUGGUCAGAGUGCCUUUGGACAGCCCAGGAAGAGUCUUCAUCUGGGACAUACCUUGCGCACGGUGGAGGAGCUGAAUGAAGAGAUCAAGAGGGUCUACUUCGACUAUCGCCCCGACCUGUACGACGCUUUUGACCACAACUGCAACGACCUGAGCAACCACAUGGUGCAAUUCCUCCUGGGCCGAUCCAUCCCCGACUCGGUUCCUUGUGAAAUUUGCUACAAAGAGAGCGAUUUCAAGUAG